GCCAUCCGAUUGGUUGGAUUUGAGCUCGAGCCUUUAAGCGCGCUGGGAAAUGCAAAUCCCGCCUUCGGUCUGUCAUCGAAACCCGCGGAAAUCCCGCGCCGGGCACUCGAGGGAACGGGACUUAGGGGGCUUUAGGAACUCGGGGGUCUCGGGGGGACCUGGGCCACCCCCGGUUGGACCUGUCGGGAACCCGCCACCGCCGGGGAGCGACACGCCGUCGCCUUGUCGCGCCUCCAUAAGCGGCAACAUCGGCCUUGUGAUCUUCGAACGCUGAGUCGGUAGGUUGAAGAAGUGAGGUUGGUGAGGAGGAGAGACGGUGGCUGAGGAGGUCAGGGUGCCAUCAUGGAGGAGGUGGACGGCAUAAUUCUUCAUUCCCUCCGGCAGUGCGGCCUGGAGGUACCGGAGGAGGUGACGGGGCUCAAGGAGUUCACGACGGAGUUGAUUGUGGAGGGCGCCGUCCUCUGCCUGCGCGUCAUCAGCCCGGCGGCCGGCGGCGGUCUCAGUCACGUGCUCCCACCGGGAAUGUCGGCGAGAUUCCGGCUGGGGAUGAGCCUGGCGCAGGCUUGCCAGGAGCUGGGCUACCCGGGUGAGAUCGGCUACCAGACGUUCCUGUACAGUAGCGAGUCCGAGAUCCGUCGCCUCUUCCUCUUCCUCCUCGAGAAGCUGCCCAAGGAGAGCGCCGUCUCUGCCGACCGGCCAGCCGGGAAGAUGGCUCUGCUGCAGAGGGCGAUAGCCGAGCAGAUCCGCGUGGAGCUCGCCACCCCCUGGGUGCCUCCGCUCUGCCGGACGCCGCUCCUCCUCUCGUGGCCGCAGGACCCCAGCAGGCCCGUGCCAUUCCGCUCCGUCCCGCUCUCCGUCCCCGCCGACGUCACCGACAAGACCUUGCGCAUCCCAAAAGGCGUGCAGGCGUACUGGAGCGAGUUUCUGCCCACGGUGUCCGGGCAGUGUCCGGGCCCCGCGCGCGUGGCCGCAGCCGUGCUCGAGAACAACACGGCCGGAGUGAGCGCCGCCCAGGAGUGGGACGCCGAGUGGAACAGCCAGGGGCUCGCGUCCCGACUCACCCCGGAGGAGUACCGUCUGCGCAAGCGCGAGCGCCUGCACAAGAAGGUGCGGGAGCAGUUCCGGCAGGCCGUGACACGAGGACUCGCCGACCCGGUCCCGGCGCUGGGGGUCACGGCGCUGGGGGUCACGGCGCUGGGGGUCACCGCGGGGGGAGGGGGCGCCCCUGCGGGGACGGCAGCGGUCAAGGGGUCCCGCUUCGUGCACACGGAGAAGCUCAUCUUCACGCAGGAGCAGGACAAGCCGGAGCUGUUGGCUUCUCCUCCCGGCGAUCGCCGCGCCGUCAGCGAGGACACUGAGCAGGAUGUGCAGUCCCGGCGAGCGAGGGAGGCGGAGACGCUGCAGGAGCGGCUGCAGCGCACGGUGGCGCAGGUGGAGGCACUGGAGCUGGACACACGGCGGUUGCGAGGUGGAUUCACGCAGGUGGAGGAGGAGCUGGGGGCUAGUCAGCAGGCCCUGGCCGAGCACCGGGAAUCUUUCCGCGUGCGCAAGGCGACCCUCGAUCUCCUGCCCGACGCCCACAACAAUGCUGCCAAGUUGCAGGCGGUGGUGGAGGGCAGCGCUAAGAGAGUGCUCGCCCUCACCGCUCAGUGGGAGUCUCACCGCUCUCCGCUCGUGCAGCAGCUACGAGAGCUCAAGGAGCUGGGGCUGUCCUGCCAGGAGGCAUCGUCUCGGCGCGUGGCCCAGAUCCGCGAGAUGAGGGUGAAGAUGAAGAGCACGGCCGAGGAGGUGCGCAGCAAGGAAGACCUCCACCGCCAGCUGGCGGCCGACUACGAGUCGAUGCCGAAGGACGUCGCCCGAGCGGCCUACACCCAGCGCAUCCUGGAGAUCGUGGCCAACAUCAAGCGGCAGAAAGAGGAAAUCGGCAAGGUGCUUGCUGAUACCCGGGAGGUGCAGAAGGACAUCAAUGGGCUGGCUGGGAAACUGGAGCGCACAUUUAGCGUUACCGAUGAGCUGCUGUUUAAGGACGCCAAGAAGGACGAGACUGCACGGAAGGCCUACAAGCACCUGGCGGCGCUUCACGAGAAUUGCGCUCAGCUGAUCCACACGAUUGAGGAUACGGGCGCGGUGAUGAGGGAGAUUCGUGACCUGGAGGAGCAGACGGAGCUGGAGCGGAGCAAGAAGACGCUGUCCAACCUGGAGCGCAUCGUGGGCGACCUGCGCGCCAUGCAGCACGAGAACAGCCUCCUGGGAGCACGCAUGCACAGCGCCUGAGCGCCCGCACGGCGCCUGAUGAACGCCCGCACGAUGCCCGGGCUGCCCGUUCGGCAGCGAGGAGGCAGCACGCUUCCCCCGUGCGCGACUGUGCGUGCGCUCGCACAGCCGGUCGCGCUUCUGCUCCCGCUCACGAUUCACAGCCACGCACGAAGGAAAGAGAUUCCUCGUGUAGCCGUAACAGAAUCCUGGGGCACACGAGAGGGGGCGGGUGGCCAGCGCCGCUGCUGAUGUCGUUUACAACACCGCACCAGGCACUCAAUUCAGAUCGAUUCGACCCUAGGGGGAGGCCCAGGACCGGUUC